CUCCCAUGAUUACACCGGUUCUUUAGCGAAGAAAGUGCUCGCUUGAUUCAUUUAUGUUGCUAAUUAUGCCGUAAUUGAUAAUGACACUUCAACCGUGCACCACUUGCCGUAGAUUUAUUAGAUUCAAACACAUGUUUAAGGUGGCUCUGAGACCGGAUUUCCUCUACAGCCAUUGUUUACGAAGACAAUACUCACAACUAAAUACACUCCUGAGAAAAUGUAACAGAACUUCUCAGUUGCCGGCUUUUGUGAGCAGACUUGGCUCAACAUUAAAAUGGAAUCGUCUUUUUUGUACAAACAGUUACCGAGAAGAAAUUCUAGAAGGUCAUCCGGACGAAGACAUUGAAGAAUUAUUGCGUCGUGACGAAAAGUAUCAGGAAUAUGUCCGAGAAUACUUCAGCAUCCCUGAAACUGGACAAAGGGUAUUUCUUAUACAACCAAAUGUUAAAAGGGGGCCACAAAGGUCCCUAAGUUCUAUAAGAAGUCAACUGGAAGAAUCUGUUGCUCUCGUUGAGACACUGCCUAACUGGAAGGUUGUUGGAAAGAAAAUUGUAGCAACAAAGAGCCCCGAUUCCAAACCAGUUUUUGGUAAAGGCAAUUUCGCUUCUCUCACCAGUGAAAUUCAGAAUUGUCCUGCUGUUACAGCCAUUUUUAUUAGUUUAAACAUGUUAAAUACCAUCCAAUGGACUUACCUUCAGAAUGUGUGGAAAAUUCCAGUGUAUGACAGAUACAACAUUGUGUUACAAAUCUUCAAGGAAUAUGCUAAAACGAAAGAAGUUAAGCUACAAGUAGCUUUGGCCGAAAUUCCAUAUAUCAGGUCACGUCUUCCUUCUGUCCAUGGUGGGAGUUUAAGUAUAACUGCAGGGGGUACAAAACACACUGGUGGGACAACUCCAAUGUACCUAGAACAACGGUAUAAAUAUUUACAGGACUGGGAAUUGAAACUUAAAAAGGCUUUGAAAAAAGUUCGAAAACAAAGAGAGAUUGUGCGCCAGAAUCGUUUGAAGAAACAAAUCCCUAUUGUUGCAGUGGUUGGUUACACAAAUGCAGGUAAAACAUCAAUAAUCAAAGCCCUUACUGCUGAUGCAAAGCUCCAGCCUGUUGACCAGCUGUUUGCGACUCUAGAUGUGACAGCCCAUGCUGGUGUCCUACCAAAUCACAUGACAGUCAUUUAUAUCGAUACUGUUGGAUUUAUUUCAAAUAUCCCAACCACACUCAUAGAAGCAUUUGCUGCAACACUCGAAGAUGCAAUUAUUGCAGAUGUAGUAGUCCAUGUGAGAGAUAUCAGUCAUGAAGACACCAAGGCUCAGUCUGUGAAUGUUUACAACACUCUAAAAGGCAUGAUCAACCCUCAGAAAGUGGAAAAUAUGAUUGAAGUGAAAAAUAAAGUUGACCUUUUACUUGGCAGGGAAAAUCUCGAAAGUGAGUCCAAAGAGAAAUGCAUAUACACAAAUGCCAGUAGUGGAGCUGGAGUUGGAAAACUUAAGCAUUGCAUUCAAGAAGCCAUCCUUAAUACUAGCAACUGGAAACAAAGAAAGUUUCGGAUCAGUAUGGGGAGCCCUCUUUUCCAAUGGCUCCAACAAGAAUCAAGCAUUGUUUCAGCGAUUCCUGAUGACACCAAAGAAAAUCUCAUUGUCACUGUGGUCCUCACAGAUUCUACGUAUUACCGAUUUAAAGCAGAAUUUAAGAAACAAAGGAAGAAAAACCUUCAGGCUACAACAGACGUUACAGCAUGAGCUAACGACAAUCUUAACGAACUGAAAACUUUCCGAGUGAAAUAAUGUUCAAAUAUUUCAUAUUGAAAGAAUUUUAAUUAGUUUCAAUUCUUUGGAUAUUUAAAUUUUUGGAUAAAUAUUUUUCUAUAAUUUUCCAA